AUGUUAUUCGACUGUCAUCGGGUUGCAAAGACAUUGCCUGGAGCGAAUUUGCCACAAUCACCUUCUAGUAUUGCUGGCAUUGGCGCUGGCAGCGAGCAAGGCGCUUCUUCAUUCUCUUCUCACCUUACCCUAGGAGCUGGAGUUGGAGUUGGCAGCGGAGGAAUUGCGAACACAGCUCUCAUUACGCCUCCAGACCCUGGCUCAAAUGAGACUCCACCACCUCAGGGCCCACUGACUGGCAGCGGCGAUGGAAUGAGUGACCCACACAGUGGAUAUCCAAUUAACAAAUAUGCAGAAUCUACCUAUAGCCCUAGCAGCCAUACUGCUGGUGGUGAUGUUAACACAACUAACGAAGCAAGGUUGGCAACAGGCAUUCGUCCUUCUCCCAGUAUACUUAGGGACCCUGCUUCCGAAGUCUACCUUGCAUACCCGGCAGGAGCAUCUCAGCUAGCCUGGACAUGGGUGCCGGGCAGCAGCACUGGUCGGCUCCUGAUGCCACUCGGGCCCGGUGGAAAGCCGGUUCGUCCUGAGCGUGACCGUUACACCAGACAGCGUCAAUUGUCGCCGGGCAGUUCUUCUGUGGAUGGGAUGAACAACCGAUGGCGGCCAAUGCAUCGCCACCAUCCAGCUUAUUGGUCAGCCUUCAAGCAGCAAGAACGCCUGAGGAUUGAUCGUCAAAUAGCGGCUUUCACUACUGAUGAUGCAGAUAUGAUGACGAUGAAUGCGGCUAGACAUGGGACUGGAUCAUUCACGCCGGCAGCUGAAACACGUAGGAAGGUAGUUACACCAAAGAUGCAGGGCUUUCGAAGCCGCUCGACGUAUCCUGGACAAGGAAGAGAGUACGAGACCAACUUAGGUAAUAAAUGA